AUGGGUAUGAAGUCGCUAAUUGACUCGACCCCAAUUGAAAUAAUUUUUCAUCCCACUCUUAAUCAACGCAAGUGUGUUGUAUCAUGCUGGGAUGUUGUUUUCAUGCCAGAGGAUGAGCUUCUUACUGAACUCUCUGAGCAAAAAGUGAUCGGUGUCAAAAGAAUAUUUAGAUACGAUCCAAUUAAAAAGGAAAAGGUAGCAACCUCCACCCUAAUCCUAACCAUCAAAGGAACAGUCAUUCCCGAAGCGAUUAACUUCGGUUUCAUUCGCGCACCAACCAGAAACUACUAUCCAAGCCCGAUGCAAUGCUUCGGAUGCUAUAAUUAUGAACACACUUCCAAGAAGUGUAUGAAGAAAAUACAGUUAUGCCGUAACUGUGGUGUAGCACACCCAGAACUAAACCAAACCGAUAAAGACAAGACGAAGAAUUUUCAAUGCAAUGCACCUGCCUCAUGCGUGAACUGCAAGGGAAAUCACUCCUCCACUAGCAGGAAGUGCCCAGCAUGGAUCGCCGAGGACAAGAUAACGCGAGUUAGGAUUGAUGAAGGAAUCUCCUACAAGGAAGCUAAAUCCAUUUGUGAAAACAAUUAUGGUUCUUCCUUCGCUAGUAAAUUAAAAGAGCGGCUUGACAAUAUCCAAAACACAGGAUGCCAACAAUGCAAGUGCAACUGUACACAAACAAAGUCAGCUCCUAUUAAAUCGAAUAAGACUGUUUCUAUUCAGGCCAAUAAAAAAUCUGAACAGGGAUUCAGCAUCAUACCAAUUGACUCUGAGGAAGAUUCUGAAUCUCCAAUGGAGAUCGAAUCAACUUACUCAAACAACAGAAAAAUCAUCUCGAAAACAACAACUUCAGAUGAAUUCAAAUCAUCUGAAGAUGAACAACCAAUUGAGAAGGAAUCUUCUAGGAAGAAACCUAAAAGUAAGAAAUCGACCCCAACCCUACAGAAGACCCAAUCCCACCAGAACUACCUAUCACAACCCAGCACUUCAACCCAACCAAUUGGAUCUAAUCCACCUACUACCCAACACAAACCCAAUCCUACUACCAACAAACCAAUUGCUAAUGUUUCCAAAAAUGAUACGAGACUAAAACCCAAACAUUCCAAGGGUGAAAAACCCAACCACAACUAA